GCAAGUGCUGCAAUCAAUGAUGGGACUCCACCGGAAGACAUCGGGAGGUAGGCGUGGGAGAACUGCCGCCAACAGAUGCGGCGUGCUGCCGCGGAGAACAUAACCACCGUUGUGUCCAGGCUGCAUGUGCGGAGCGACGUGGAUGCGGACGACGGCCGUCGGGCGAGUGGGGACGAGUCUCCGGAUUCCCGUUACGAAGACGACGCGAAAGACGGUGAGGGGCUGGAAAUCCGACCCGUGGCUGCGCGUGGUGGGCGGAGGGGAGGACGCAGACGUCAGCAGAGGGGCGAGUCGCGUGGUGGUCGAGGAUCGAAGGCUCCUGUGGGCGACAAGGGUGGCAAGCACCCAGCUUGGAGUGUUGAGGAGAUGCUGAAGCUCGCUCGAGCGAAGCGGGAUCAACAAGCUCAUUUCGAGGGAAUGCCGCACAACUACGACCGCAUGCGCAACAGGGAGUGGAAGUUGUUGGACCUACAGAAGCGGCUGGCGGAGGUCGGAGUGAACAGGGCAACGGACGACAUCGGGAAGAAGUGGGAUAACGUCUUCCAGCAGUACAAGAAGGUGCAGCGUUACCAGAACAUGUCCGGUGGGAAGAACUUCUUCACAUUAACUUCUGCAACGAGAGCGGACGAGGGCUUCAACUUCCGAAUGGAUGAGCGAGUCUUUAAUGAGAUCGACAACAUGUCGAAAAAUAACAAGACCAUCUACCCGGACAACGCGGCAGACACGAGCGCCCGCGGAGGAGUGCCACCAGCAAUGGAUGGUCACCGCCAGGCGGCCGUUGGUGGAGAGUCCUCUGCUGGUGGAGAGGGGGGUGAUGGCGUCAACGAAGAUGUGGGUUCAGCGUGGGAGUCGGGGUUCAGUGCAGGGAGCACGGGCACUCCACCAAAGAGGAAGAACAUGCGGCAACAGACCUUCGACGCCAUCUCCGAAGUCAUGGACAAACACGGUGCAUUGAUGGUGGACACGGUAGAGGGUGCGAGCAAACGGCAGUGUAGCAUCCUGGAGCGGCAGUGUGACAUCCUGGACCGGGAGGUUGAAGCCCAGAAGCAGCAGUGUGACAUACUAGAGAGGCAUUACACGGCGUCCGAUGAGGCGAACAGGAUGAUGUGCACGUCGUGCAGGGCAUACAGGAAGGGGCCACGUCCCAAAGUCGAAGAAGCUCCGCGCGGGAGACGGGUCGGAAGGCGAGAUGGGGGUGACGGGGGAGAGGAGGUGACGCCUAUGGACAUCACUUUUGUAGGGAUGCCUGCGCUCGGGUUCGGGCGAGACCGUGUGAGCAGGCAGCGUAUGCUUGCGCUCACCAACCUUGGCGUCCUCACGUCCACGCGAGGUGGCGGUGGCGGGACGGCUCGUCCGCAAGGAGUUCUGUCCGGUGACAUUCCGCCUCAGAGGGCCGUGGGUUCUCCAUCUACCAUCGCAUCCGUGUCCGAGCGCGGCGAUAAAGCUCCGGUCGGUGAGUCUCCAUCGCGCCACGUGGAGGCGUCGAACCCGACGAUCGUCGGCGCUUCGCCGAGGGCUGUGCUUCAAUCCGCGCAAGCAGCGAGCGCUGCUGGCCAUGCCGCCGCCCUCGGUACUGGAGAAAGGCGAGAAGAUCGGAGGGUGGAAGAGGCGGGGAGAAAACAAGAGAGGAGGGAGGAGAAUCUGCGUGGGGAAGAAGAGGACGACCAACCUCUGAGCGCGAGGAAGAAAAGGUCCCACCAGGAGGAGGAGUUGAAGGCGAAAUCGAAACUGUGGGUAGACGGCAAAGCAUUCUGGGCAACCGGCCCCGGACGGAUGAUCGUGGACGCAGUGCAUUCCUGCGCGGACUACUUCUGCGCGAUCGUCAAUGGAGGUGCAGGCGCCAGCGCUCCGCAAUGCCUCAUGAUGCUGCCCCCAGAAGUCCCGCACGUGCGGAUCGAAGAUGGCGCGCAACGAGAGUCAGCUCUCAGACGGGCGAGACGAACGGAGAACGUGGCAAUGCACGUCAUCCACGGGCCGGAGGACGAUGACAUGGCCACGCAGCAGGAGGCGAUUGUGAUGCAUCUUGCGUCAUGCUUCCACGACGCGCUCCGGGCCGAGCAGUGGUGGGACGGCGGUAGAUUGUCACACCCGAGACUGAGCAGAAUCGGGGAUGCUUUCCGCCUGCUUCUCAUCGCGUGCAUGUGGAUCAUGCGCAUGGGAGGCGACGAUGCGCGCUCCUACGAGGAGGCGUCUUACUACGCGCAGCUGGUGGCGAAGCCGACUCUGGUGGCGGUGUGUUCAUCGUCCUUCAACUGGCGCGGCCACAUGAUGCACUCGGCGAAUGCGGUAUGAAGUCGCCUGCGGAAACCACCGUUGACGCUGGGCGCUUUCCCUUACUACAUCUCGGAGUGGGCUUCGUGCG